AUCUUCUGCGUGCACGGGGGGCUGUCCCCGUCCAUCCAGACCCUGGACCAGAUCCGAACCAUCGACCGCAAGCAGGAGGUUCCCCACGACGGGCCCAUGUGUGACCUGCUCUGGUCCGACCCCGAGGACACGACGGGCUGGGGCGUGUCCCCGCGCGGGGCCGGGUACCUGUUCGGCAGCGACGUGGUCGCGCAGUUCAACGCGUCCAACGACAUCGACAUGAUCUGCCGGGCGCACCAGCUGGUCAUGGAGGGCUACAAGUGGCACUUCAGCGAGACUGUCCUCACCGUCUGGUCUGCGCCCAACUACUGCUACCG